CACCGGCAGCCCGUCAAUCAACAUUCAACAGCCUUUCCUUUCCCCCCAUCAUUUCUCCCUCCCGCGCUUGCUUCAGAUCUCCUCUUCCACCCGAAGCCACCGCCAGCGCCAGCUCCGCCCGACAAGAUACUCUAACCCGCGCCAUUGCACGCAUAUAUAAACCCUAUCACCAUCGCUCCCGCGCCUCGCCUCGUCUCCGCGCCCGCCUCUGUUACGCUAUGAUCUGAUUCCAGGCGGUGGCUUCGGUGAGGCUGCUCCGUGUUGGGGGUGUCGGGAUCUCGGCCGGGCGGAAUGGAGGUCUUCGGCCCCGUCACGCCCGGACAGGUGUCUUUUUUGCUUGGUCUAUUCCCUGUCCUCAUUGUAUGGAUCUAUUCUGAAAUCCUGGAGUACAAAAAAUCUUUAUCUCACAGGAAAGUUCAUUCGGAUGCUAAUUUGGAUAACGAAACCAUCAAGGAAGAUGACAAGGUGGUAUUACUUGAAGGAGGCCAGUCAAAAUCACCAUCUACAAAGUUCCGGAACAUGUCUACCAAAGCAAACUUAAUACGGUUUAUAACAAUGGACGAGUCUUUUCUGCUUGAAAACCGUGCUGUAUUGAGAGCCAUGGCUGAAGUUGGCAUUGUUCUGGUUUAUUAUUACAUUUGUGACCGGACAAACAUAUUUUCAGAAAACAAGAAGAGCUACAACCGCGAUCUGUUUCUGUUUCUGUAUAUUCUUCUCAUUAUAGCAUCAGCACUUACUUCCCUUAAGAAGCACCAUGAAAAAUCAGCAUUUUCAGGAAAGUCCAUACUCUAUCUUAAUCGCCACCAAACUGAGGAAUGGAAAGGGUGGAUGCAGGUCUUAUUUCUGAUGUACCACUAUUUUGCUGCCUCAGAAAUAUACAAUGCAAUUCGUGUGUUCAUUGCUUGCUAUGUGUGGAUGACUGGAUUUGGGAAUUUCUCAUAUUACUAUAUCAAGAAAGAUUUUAGUAUUGCAAGAUUUGCUCAGAUGAUGUGGAGGUUAAAUUUCUUUGUUGCGUUCUGUUGCAUUGUCCUUGACAAUGAUCUCAUGCUGUAUUAUAUCUGCCCAAUGCACACCCUAUUUACUCUUAUGGUGUACGGAUCACUUGGUCUGUUUAACAAAUACAACGAGAUACCAUCGAUCAUGGCUAUCAAAAUUGCUUGCUGCUUCUUGUCUGUAAUUUUGAUAUGGGAAAUUCCUGGGGUAUUUGAAAUAUUGUGGGCCCCCUUUACAUUUCUGCUAGGCUAUAAAGAUCCAGAGCCUUCUAAGGCAAACUUACCCCUGUUACAUGAGUGGCAUUUUCGAUCUGGCCUUGAUCGAUACAUAUGGAUUGUUGGAAUGAUUUAUGCUUACUUCCACCCUACUGUUGAAAGAUGGAUGGAGAAGCUGGAAGAAUCUGAGACUAAGGUUAGAUUAUCAAUCAAGGGAACCAUUGUGACUAUUUCGUUGAUGGCUGGCUAUCUGUGGUAUGAAUAUAUCUACAAGCUAGAUAAAAUUACAUACAACAAGUACCAUCCCUACACGUCAUGGAUCCCUAUAACUGUUUAUAUCUGCCUACGCAAUUGCACCCAGCAGUUGAGGAGUGCUUCUUUGGCUCUUUUCGCAUGGCUUGGCAAGAUUACACUGGAGACUUAUAUUUCUCAGAUCCACAUUUGGCUCAGGUCUAGUAUGCCAAAUGGACAGCCAAAAUGGCUUCUUUCUUUCAUACCAGAUUAUCCUAUGCUUAACUUCAUGCUUACUACAGCGAUCUAUCUUCUUCUGUCAUACCGGGUGUUUGAGCUCACAAACGUACUGAAGGGAGCUUUUAUUCCCAGUAGGGAUAGUAAUCGUCUAUAUCAAAAUUUUAUUGCUGGGAUCGCCAUCUCAGUCUGUGUCUAUUGCUGCUCACUCAUUCUUCUGAAAAUUCCUAUUGUAUAGGGAUGAAGAAAUUCCAAGUAAGUGAUCUCGACAGAAGGUUGCUUCUGCAAAAUUUAUGCUCAAUAAGAUGUACCGGUCUGGCCUCAACUCCCUUUUACAGUUGGAGAUAGUUGGACUGCCUGAAGGAGCUGCUUAUAUGUACAUGUUGGAUAUUGAAUUACCAGAGGGUGCAGACACAGAAGGCCAAUUUUGUUUUUCUUUUUCCUUUCAUUUUUUUUCUUCUUAAAAACACUGUACACAAUUAGGUAAAGUCGUAGCCGUGCAUUCAUUGGAAGUUGUAGCAGCUGGCUCAAGUUGAUACAACCGUGUAAGAACUCUCCCCGAGCACUGUACCCUGUUGUACCAUAGAGAUUGACACAAAAACGAGAAUGGUUGUCCUCCUGUAAAAGAAAAUAUAAAGACAAGCCCACUCUUUUCUCGGUUC